CCGGCUGCGUGGGGGCCUCGGGGCUUGAGGCCGGGCACGUGCGGGAGGAAGUGGCGCUGUCAGUCCGCGCGGCGCUCCGGGUCCCAUCAGCGUGGAGCCAUGGGAGGCCUAGAGAAGAAGAAGUAUGAACGAGGCUCUGCCACCAACUACAUCACCCGAAACAAAGCCCGGAAGAAGCUGCAGCUGAGCCUGCCCGACUUCAGGCGGCUGUGCAUCCUGAAGGGCAUCUAUCCCCACGAGCCCAAACACAAGAAGAAGGUGAACAAGGGCUCCACGGCAGCCCGGACUUUCUACCUGAUCAAGGACAUCAAGUUCCUCCUCCACGAGCCCAUCGUCAACAAGUUCCGGGAAUACAAGGUGUUUGUCCGGAAGCUCCGGAAGGCCUAUGGGAAGAGUGAGUGGAACACCGUGGAGCGUCUGAAGGACAAUAAGCCCAACUACAAGCUUGACCACAUCGUCAAGGAGCGGUACCCCACCUUCAUCGACGCCCUUCGGGACCUGGACGACGCCCUCUCCAUGUGCUUCCUCUUCUCCACCUUCCCCCGGACCGGCAAGUGCCACGUGCAGACCAUCCAGCUGUGCCGCAGGCUCACGGUGGAGUUCCUGCACUACGUCAUCGCCGCCCGGGCUCUGCGCAAGGUCUUCCUGUCCAUCAAAGGCAUUUACUACCAGGCUGAGGUGCUCGGGCAGCCCAUCGUGUGGAUCACGCCCUAUGCCUUCUCCCACGACCACCCGACAGACGUGGACUACAGGGUCAUGGCCACCUUCACGGAGUUCUACACCACCCUGCUGGGCUUCGUCAACUUCCGCCUCUACCAGUCCCUCAACCUGCACUACCCCCCCAAGCUCGAGGGUCAGGCCCACACAGAGGUGAAGGCCCGUGAGGACAGCUAUGCACUGGACUCCGAGAGCUCCAUGGAGAAACUGGCCGCCCUCAGCGCCAGUCUGGCCCGGGUGGUGGUGCCUGCAGAGGAGGAGGCUGAGUUGGACGAGUUUCCUGCCGACGGGGAGACGGCGGCGCACGAGGAGGAGCGCAGGAAGGAGCUGCAGGCGCAGGAGCAGCAGAAGAAGCUCUUCGAGGGCCUCAAGUUCUUCCUGAACCGGGAGGUGCCCCGUGAGGCCCUGGCUUUCAUCAUCAGGAGUUUUGGGGGAGACGUGUCCUGGGACAAGUCUCUGUGCAUCGGGGCCACCUAUGAUGUCACAGACUCCUGCAUUACCCACCAGAUUGUCGACCGGCCCGGGCAGCAGACCCCUGUCAUCGGCAGGUGCUACGUGCAGCCCCAGUGGGUGUUUGACUCUGUGAACGCCCGGCUCCUGCUCCCCGUGGCCGACUACUUCCCCGGGGUGCCGCUGCCCCCACACCUCUCCCCCUUCGUAUCCGAGAAGGAAGGAGACUACGUGCCCCCUGAGAAGAUGAAGCUGCUGGCCCUGCAGCGGGGCGAGCACCCAGGAGCCAGGGGCUGCGGGGGUGGGUGGGGACCUGCACCCACCAGCUCCCACCUGUGUUCUCAGAAGCCCAGGGUGAUGGCGGGCACCGUGAAGCUGGAGGACAAGCAGCGGCUGGCCCAGGAGGAGGAGAGUGAGGCCAAGCGCCUGGCCAUCAUGAUGAUGAAGAAGCGGGAGAAGUACCUCUACAACAAGAUCAUGUUUGGCAAGAGGCGCAAAAUCCGGGAGGCCAACAAGCUGGCGGAGAAGCGGAAAGCCCACGACGAGGCCGUGAGGGCAGAAAAGAAGGCCAAGAAGGCCAGGCCGGUGUGAGUGGCGGCGGCCCGCUGGUGGCCAGGCCAGCGCGGGACAGCUGGGCUUGCACAGG